AUGUUGCGUCAUGGCUAUAAUGAAGACAAUAUAUACGAUAAAUGUGGAGUGAAAUACGAAGGAUGGCUGCAAUUUUACAGUAAGAAAAUUGGCUUCGAUUUCAAUGAAAUUUCUCAAAUUUUAUCGAAUUUUGUAACCGAUGUUUUGUAGCAUGCCCGUUCAACGGAUAUAUCCCAAAGGAAAUCCCAUGGCAAAAUGGAUAUUGUGUAUUCCGAAGCGACGACUUGACGUUUGUUUGUUAUAGGGACCCGGAGGUGAGUGCGGAUUUUUUUGAACCUGUCUCUUUAUACAUACAAAGACAGAGACGAUGGUCGUAUUUUACCCUGAAUGCCAAUUAUUACAAGUUAACACUGCAUACAUUUUCUCUUGUCUUUUAAAAACCUUUUAAAAAAGAUAUUGUCUUUUACCGCGCUAAUAUUUUUACGUCAUCUGAAACGCCUCCUUGUACUUGAUAUAGGUUUGCACAAUGCGCAAAAACUCCCGUAUAAUGAAACCGCUUUAUAACGAAAACAAGGCCAACAGAUAAAUGUUUCACCAAAACAAGCCGUUGUAAAGCGAAAUCUUUCUAAAACAAAUGCAAUUUUUCGGUGAAUUUUGAUUUGUUGUACAAUGUUUUGGUUGUAUGUAAAAUCCCCGGAAACUAUUUUUUUCUCCGACCACCUCUCUUCAUUUUCCAUAUUCUCUCGUCUUCGUUGAUUGUUGAAUAUCUCAGAUGACUUUGCUAAAGGAGUUCAGCAAUUCAUUAGCUUAUAGAGUCCAAAAUAUUAGAAAAGAAAAUCUUUGCCUGCCUUCAGGAACAUAAUGAUUUUUGCGGUCCAAUUUAUGACUUUCUACAAAAAGUUAAUUAUGUAACAACAUAAGCCUAAAGCUUCUGUACAACGAAUCGCAGGAAAUCAGAAAAUUCAUUGUAAUGGAGUUUUUUAUGAAGGCUUAUAAGGUCUAACAUCCACUCUUGUGGAUCAAAAAAGCUCUGGAAAACCCCCCUUUUGGAACUUGCUACGCAUUAUCUGAUAUCAACACUCUAGAGACUCUAUAACACUUCUUUUUUAUAUCUUCACUCUUCAUCAAUUCAACAUUAUACUUCUUCUCUUUACAAGCCCUUUACAUUGUUCUUUUCAGGCCUCCCGUUUUAUCACCCCUUCUCUUCCCUCGUUCAGAUUGGACUCUGGCUGCAGAGUUCCGCCACCUCCAAUAGAAUCUUCCACAUUACCGAGAAGGCCAAUCAGCAAUGGAUUCUCGACGUUGACUCGACGGACUCAACGACUGAUGCAGAGUGGAUCAGCAACGCUGGAUCGGUUUACAUUGAAGAAACGGAAGAAUAAAUUGAUGGACAAUAUGACGAUGGGAAGAGGAGAGAGCACUUACAUGUUGGGGACAAUCAGAGGUUGGUUCAGUUUUUCAUUACGGGAUUUAUUGGUAAAAUACGAAGUGUUUCAAAAGAUAAUGCCAAUAAAGUUUUUUGAAUAGGAUCUGAGAGCUGAGGAAACGUACAUAUUAGGCUUAUAAGUAUAAUAUGACCGUGCCGUUCUUUGGGCAAUUUUUACUUGUAGAAUUAAAGUUUUGAUACCUUUGUUAAUAUUACCUGAAAGAAUGUUGAAAACGCUAUCUACUGAUAUAUUCUUCGUAUGGUCAGGCUUAUCGUAGCGGUUUUUAUGAAGCGCCAAAGAAGACCAACUUUCGUCCCAGAAAAAUGUCUCUUACUUCUAACUUCUAAAUACUUUUAAGCCUAAUAUUUUGUCUUUUUUCUCUUGGCAUCUCUCCUUAUUUUUCACUAUCUCCAGUCUCCUUGAACUCUAGAGCAUCUUGGCCUCGGCUAGAGAUGACAAUAGAUCCGGGCCGGGCUGAAAAUCGCGCGUCGGCCGGCGAGUUAAAAAGACCUUCGACAAAAUCAAAUCCGGCUUCGAAAUUGGCUUAGUUCUUUAAAUUUUUAUCUUAAGUCAUCCUCCCUCAAAUCGUCAGCUCCUACUAA